UUUUUUUUUUCUAUACUAAAGUCAUGUCCACCUCCAAAAACAAUUUUAAUACGGUAGAGGCGGCACUCAAAAACAACACCAGUUCUAAGGAUCCAACCCAAUCUAUCAAAACCUCUAAAGUAGAUCAAUCCGCAGAAAAUGACAAUACAGCUACUUCGUCCACAUUAGCAUCCUCCUCUGCAACCUCACGAAAGAAAUCAAAUUUGCCUACAGCUACAUCAACAACAUCUGGAAUAAAGGCAUCAUCGGAAGAAACUCCUACUACCACAAGGAAAUUUGCUAGUAACACGCCAGUUCUUGAUAAAAACGAACAAGUCAAACGAUUGGAACAAGAUGUACAAAAACUAGUCUUAUGGCAAAACCCUGUUCGAUCUGGAGCUUACUUUGUAUUGAUUUUGGCUGGCCUGAUUCUCUCAAAAUCGUAUUCUUUGAUUCAACUCUUGUCUGCAGUGAUUACCUUUGCAAUUGCCAUCAAUCUUGUUUAUGUCAAUGUCACUAUUCAAACUCAACGCAUUUUGGCCGAUCGUCCUGGCGUAAAUCCUUACAGCUCUCUUUUACAGGAUGAAUCCCUUGGAACAAUGGAUCGACAUUUUCUUCAGCGCAGUACGGAAUUGAUUGCAGAUGUCGUGGAAGCAGUGUUGCAAAGACUAUCAAGUAUUAUCUUGAUUGAGAACACAAAGUCAAGUACAAAGUGGCUCGCAAUUUUUUAUACGAUAUGGAAACUCUCAGCUAUCAUUUCUGUACGAACAUUGGCUACCUUGAUCACAUUUUUGGCCUUUAGUGUCCCAUUAUUGUAUAGAAGCAAUAAAAGUUUCAUCGAUUCUCGCAUCUUACAAGCUCAAGCUAUAUGUCAAACUCAAUUGGAACAUGGACAAGAUAAGAUUCAACAUCAAUUGAGUCAACUCUGUACUCGAUUCAAAUUCCCUCAACCUGGACCUUCCACCUCAACCACGUCAACUGAAACACCUUCUGGAACUUCAUCAUCAUCGACUAAGGAAGAUUAGGAAUAGUUUUUACAAUUCGUUAUUGACCUGACUUGCGAUUGAUUUGUCUGUAU